UCAAUUAUCUGUCAUAAACAAAUUUUGAAUUUCUUCCCUCUUGUUUUGCUCAACAAAACAGUCUAAAUUCUAGUUAUUAAACCAUUAUACCAAAAAUAUAAAAAUGUCCGCGGCAUCCACAUCACCUAAAAGUAAAGUCGACGAAACCCUCCGUGACAUAGGGGUACAAACGGUUAUUAAAGUUUACCCUUUUAUACUUCCCCCUUCAACUGGACGCGCGUCUGUAACUUCAGACAAGAAAUUCUGCACUGUACUUUCUUUGGAGACCUCAACUGAAAGCAGUAAGUUCUACAAUCUUCUACAAUACACCCCCUACCAUGAUAUAGAGGAGAACAACUUAAGGGUACUGAACUUACCAAGAAAAACAAAACUUCAAUGGGUCACCAACAAGUUUUCCGAAGAAACACUUAAAGCAGUGUCCCUGGCAGAUGAUGAUGGUAUAGGGCAGGUUUGCGAUGACCUUUUGUUGAGAUUAAGAACUGGAAAGAAGACUCAAUGGACCGAAGCUGGAACUCAGACAGAUUUAGCGGUAAGGCCCUUUUUAGUAGAAGAUCCCGAAGUGGCCAGAGUGUAUUGUAAUGUUGGGGUGCAAGUCACAUGGAUUGGAUGCAAGAAAAGUUCUGGUCGUGCAUCUGCUACUUCUUAUUCCUCCUCGAAUUCCACUUAAAUACCGAUUGCCCCAAAAUGUGGAAUGUUAUGUGGUUGAGGACAUAAUAUAUUAGUAAAUCUAAAGUUAUAAAAAUGUAACAGGAUUGUUAACACCUUUGGAACAGAAAUAUAAUGGUAUUCAUCGAUAA